GGGCCACAAGACUUCUCAGUCUUUGGGGUAAAACUUAGAAGAAGAAAAUUCAGAGUCUCAAAAACAUUUAAAAAAAAAUCAAACUAGACAUUUACUUCCAGCACAGAAAAUCACCUAAAAAUUUGUACUCUGUGAAUUCAUUCUAGUUAAACCUCAAAACACUUCCAAUGAAACCUCAAUUCCAAGUGGGUGGUCUAAUAGCAUCUUGGUCAUUUAUUUUCUUGUUUCUUUAUUCUCUAGGCUCAGGCAACAAUGAGACCGAUCAACUCGCAUUGCUUGCAUUAAAGUCCCAAAUAAUUGACGAUCCCUUCAAUAUUUUUAGCUCAUGGAACCAUUCAAUCCAUUUCUGCCUGUGGAUCGGGGUCACAUGCGGCCGCCGCCAUCAGAGGGUCGUUGUGUUGGACCUCCAGUCCCGGAAUUUGUCAGGCAAUGUUUCGCCACACAUCGGUAACCUAAGCUUUCUCAGAGCACUGCACCUCCAAAACAAUAGCUUGGGUCAAGUAAUUCCCCAAGAACUUGGCCGCCUGAGAAGACUAGAAAUCUUCAACCUUAACAACAAUUCAAUUGGCGGUGAAAUUCCAGCCAAUUUAUCCAGUUGCUCUAAGCUCAUCGCCUUUCAUGUUGCUUACAACCACCUUGUGGGGCAACUUCCUGUGGAGUUUGGCUCCUCUUUGCCAAAACUCAAGGUUUUACGUGUUAAACAUAAUCAACUUAGUGGAGGUAUUCCUUCUUCUUAUGGAAAUCUAUCAGAUCUUCGUGAAUUUUCUGUGGCCAUAAAUAAUUUCCACGGGAGUAUUCCUGAUGCUUUUGGAAAAUUGACAAAUCUUGAGGGUAUUGCUAUGGCUACAAAUAAUUUGUCCGGGACAAUUCCUGCAUCAAUCUUCAAUCUCUCUUCUAUUAGAGAUUUUGAUGUUCAAGAAAACCAAAUUGGAGGGACUCUUCCUUAUGAAAUAGGCAAUGCUUUUCCAAAUCUUGAGUUUCUUAGUAUUGGCGCUAAUCAGUUUACUGGAUCCAUUCCUGUUUCAAUCUCCAAUGCUUCAAAUCUUUAUUACCUUGAUCUAGGAGAAAAUGAGCUUACCGGAGGAGUGCCAACUUUGGAAAAGCUGCAUAACCUUCAGCAGUUGUUUGUUCAUUCAAAUCGUCUCGGGAGUGGUCACAGAAGCGACUUGGACUUCCUGUCCUCUUUGAUCAAUGCCACUAGUUUAGUUUCACUUAAUCUUGACAACAACAAUUUCGGAGGAAUGUUGACUGAAACUAUGGGCAACCUGUCAACUAAUCUUGUAAUCAUAUAUCUCGAUCAAAAUCAGAUAUCAGGUAGCAUUCCCUCUGGAAUCGCAAAUCUCAUCAACUUGGAACGCUUAUGGCUGAGUCAAAAUCAAUUUACAGGUAAUAUACCGUUUGAUAUUGGGAAGCUUCAAAGGUUACGUGAGUUGGUUUUCUGGAACAAUGAACUCACCGGAAAUAUCUCAUCCUCUCUGGGAAAUUUAAGUUUGCUAAUUACAGUUGAUUUAAGUCAUAACAAUUUUCAUGGUAUCAUCCUUCCAAGUCUGGGCAACUGCAAAACUUUGUUCUUCCUAAACCUUGGGCAUAACAACCUUAGUGGCCCAAUACCCCAACCAGUUAUUAGUCUCUCCUCAUUAUCAAAGUUGGGCCUAAAUUACAACUCUUUGACAGGUCCUCUUCCAGUGGAAGUUGGAAAUUUGAAGAACCUUGGUUACUUAAAUGUUGGCGAGAACAUGUUAUAUGGUGAAAUUCCUGACACUCUUGGUAGCUGUGUAUUAUUGGAAAUACUAUCCAUGGAGGGUAACUUGUUUCAAGGAACCAUUCCUUCUACUUUGGAUUCUUUGAGGGGUAUGCAAUUGUUAGAUCUUUCUCGCAACAAUUUGUCAGGAAGAAUUCCAGAAUAUCUUGAGAAUUUUAAAUUCUUGCAGACUUUGAAUUUAUCUAACAAUGAUUUUGAGGGUGCAGUACCAAUAAAAGGUAUCUUCACUAAUGCAAGUGCAAUUUCAGUUGAGGGAAAUAGCAAACUUUGUGGAGGUAUUCCUGAAUUACAAUUGUCUGUGUGCAACUCCAUAUGGUCCAAAAAGAGGAGACUAACUCUCGCUUCAAAACUGGCAAUUUCUAUAUGUAGUGGGCUUCUAGGGCUUUCUUUUUUGUUGUUCAUUCUAUAUAUUUGUUGGUAUAGGAAGACAAAAAACGAUCUUUCUUCAGUUUCACUAAGAAAAUCACUCUUGAGAGUGUCUUACCAAACUCUCUUUAAUGCUACUGGUGGGUUCUCUGUAGAAAAUUUGAUUGGUGUUGGUAGUUUUGGGUCGGUGUAUAGAGGAAUUCUUGAAUAUGGUGCAACAAUUGUUGCCGUGAAGGUACUCAACCUCCAACGUCAUGGGGCUUCCAAAAGUUUCAUGGCCGAGUGUAAGGCCUUGAGGAACAUCAAACAUAGGAACCUUGUUAAGGUACUCACUGCAUGUUCAGGUGUUGAUUAUCAAGGUAAUGAUUUUAAGGCCGUGAUUUAUGAUUUCAUGGAAAAUGGAAGUCUGGAUGAGUGGUUGCAUCCAGUUAACAGAGAAGAUGAAUUGAACAAUGAACCAAAGAAAUUAAGUCUUCAUCAGAGAUUAAAUAUUUCUAUUGAUGUUGCUUGUGCGUUGGAUUAUCUUCACCAUCAAUGCCCAACACCAAUAGUGCACUGUGAUUUGAAGCCAACCAAUGUUCUUCUGAACAAUGACAUGACUGGCCAUGUAGGUGACUUUGGGUUAGCAAGAUUCUUACCAGAAGCCACCCACAGCUUCUCCACAAGUCAAGGAAGCUCAGUAGGAGUAAGAGGAUCUAUUGGAUACGCUGCUCCCGAGUAUGCUAUGGGAAGUAAGGAGUCAACAGAGGGAGAUGUGUAUAGCUAUGGGAUUCUCUUGUUAGAAAUGUUCACGGGAAAGAGACCCACUGAUGACAUUUUCAAAGAUAGUUUGAACCUUCACAACUUUGUUAGGCUGGCUUUGCCUCAUCAAGUGGCAGAAGUUGCAGAUCCAAUGCCCUUUCGAGGAGGAGAAGAAGAGACUAGCACACAGAACUUGCCCAGCAGAAGCUACGCCAGGAGUGAAAAAAUUCGAGACUGCUUGAUUUCAAUAUUGCAAAUUGGAGUUAAUUGUUCUGCAGAGUUGCCGAAAGAGAGGAUGAACAUCAGUGCUGUUGUAACUCAGUUGCAUUCCAUCAGGAACAUUUUUCUUGGAACUAUGCCCUCUGGGAACUAAAUAUGUAAGUGAAAUCAGUAGGUAUACAAAAUGUUUUCUGGUUUCAAGAUAUCAUUAAAAAUAUAAUAGGUUUAAUUAAGUGCUUUUUCUAUGAACGGUUUAAUGAUUUUGUUAUGGGAUUGUAAUUUAUUUGAUUCCCUGCACAGGAUCGAUGCACCCUUCAUGAGUAGCACCUGAAUCUUGGAUGUUGUUAUUAUUGUAAUUACUUUAAUUCCUUUUUACAUGUGCUUGAUUUAAUUUUAAAUUGUUCAUCCAUCUCAUAAACA